AUGGCGGAUGCACCCACUCAGCGGCCCUUGAACAUACGUCGCGCCCGUACCUUUGAGGAAAAUCAACGACGGAACUCAACCCUCUCGGACACGCUCUCGGAGGCCCGCAACUCUAUCCGCUCAUCGACCGACGACUUGUUUCUACCCCGUGUAGAAAAAGGCCAUGGCACACUCUCGACAGAAGAAUCGCAUUGGCAUUCUGCACCGCUAGGCCUGGCCCUGCUGCCCGCAAUAGCAGGCAUUUUCUUCCAUGAAGGUAGUUCGUUCGUCACCGACGUCACAAUACUAGUCUUGGCCGCUAUAUUCCUCAACUGGUCUGUCCGGUUACCUUGGGACUGGUAUCGCUCGGCCCAGGCCAUCCGACACGAAGAAAGUGGAUUUCCAGCGCCCGGCGAUCCCCCAUUCGAGCUCGACGACCAAGAACAACACAAGGAUGCAGCAACAGCCAUCUCCGAGCUCCAGAUCCACGAGCUCAUCGCUCUAGCCACCUGCUUCAUAUUCCCUCUAGUCGGCACCGGUCUCCUCCACGCUAUCCGCUCCAGUCUCUCCCGACCCUCCGAGGGCCUAGUAUCAAACUACAACCUAACCAUCUUCCUCCUAGCCUCCGAAGUCCGUCCAGUCUCCCACCUCCUAAGACUAAUCCAAAAGCGCACCCUCCACCUCCAACGCAUCGUAUCAUCCGCAACAGACCCAAUCAUAACCCCAACAACCCUCCAAGACCUAGUCAAACGCCUCGAAGAGCUCGAAGCCCACGUCGCAGAGACAGCAACCGCCCGUCUCGCCACAAAACCAAACACCAAAGACCCCUCCCAAAAAGUACAAGAACAAGACCAACCCCAGAUCUCCCCAGCCCUGGUCGCCAACGCAGCCCUCGAAACCCGAAAAGCUAUCCAGCCCGACAUCGAAGCCCUCAACCGCGCCGUCCGUCGCUACGAGAAACGAUCCGCCCUCUUCUCCCUGCAGACUGAUCAGCGCUUCGUGCGCCUCGAGACACAGGCCGGCGACGCGCUUGCGCUGGCGGCUGCUGCGACGCGGUCGGCCGAGUCUCGUCGUCCAAACUAUGCGCUCGUCUUGCUGGACUGGGCUUGCGCGUGCGUCGUCGUCCCUGCUCGGAUUGCGCUGUCGCUGGUCGGUUUGCCUGGGCGUGCGGUCUCGGAGUGUUGGCUUGGGGCGAAGCGGAUGCUGAUCGGGCGGAAGCCUGCGCCGCAGCAGAGAUCGAAGUCUAAAUCGUCGAAGGGGAAGGCUAGGGCUGGGUCAUCCGGUGUAUAUCGGCAGGGUGGUGGGCUGGUGUCGCAGCGGCGGUCUGAGGUGAGGAAUGGGGAUGGGGGGUGA